UCUUUUGUUUUUAGCCACAGGCGAGAAGUGCAUCGAAGACACCUGAACUGAAUGUCUCUUCCGUAUGGGACCAUACACCCAAUGGGGGUGUUCCAGAAAAUGCAACAGCGGGAAGUGUAACAACUUUCAAUUCAAACAUCGAGGUAUCGCAUGGUGUCCCAGAAAAUGCAACAGCGGGAAGUGUAACAACUUUCAAUUCAAAAAUCGUGGUAUCACAUGGGAAAGCCGGCUCCGCGAAGUCAAAGUGGGAAUUAGGGUUUGAGUACUUACCUUACCUGUCAAUCCUUGCCAUUCCUGCAUUUCUUUGGGCUGUGACUUCCAAGCUCCGAAAGAGGAGUGGAGUGAAUAAAACCUCAGCAAACGAGAAUGAAACAGUACUGCAAUACCAGCGAGUAGAAACUGAAACAGUGCCAAUGGUUCCAGUUCCGUCCUGGGAGUUUCCGAAGGAAAACUUGGCGAUUGAAAGAGUAGUUGGUCACGGUGCGUUUGGAGUGGUCUCUAAAGGCUACGCUCGAUAUCUGCAGGGCUACGCAGAAUGGACAGUUGUGGCAGUAAAAAGCUUGCAAGAAGGUGCGACGGAAGGUGAAAGAAGAGAUCUGUUGUCUGAAUUAAACCUCCUAAAGAAACUAGAACCUCAUCCACAUGUAAUAACACUUUUGGGUUGCAUCACAGAGGAAAAAGAAAACCCAUAUGUAAUCAUUGAGUAUGUACCUUACGGAGAUCUUCUCGGUUACCUUCGGAGAAGUCGUGGGUGGCACGACUGUUACUACGAAUAUCCCGAGAUAAAACCAGCGACGUACCUGACCUCCGAGCAGAUCCUGACAUUCGCCUGGCAGAUAGCUGACGGCAUGCAAUAUAUCUCAUCUAAAAGGAUCAUCCAUCGAGACCUAGCAGCAAGGAAUGUAUUGGUUGGUGAAAACCUCAAAUGCAAGAUUACAGAUUUUGGGAUGGCUCGCGUUAUUGAUUUGCAAGAUAUUUAUAUACCUCGUAAUCAGGGUCGAAUUCCUGUUAAAUGGACAGCAAUUGAAGCAAUGACUGGAAGGAUGGAAUACUCAACGAAAAGUGAUGUGUGGAGUUUUGGAAUCGUUUUAUACGAGAUUUGCACCAUUGGCGCUGAACCUUAUCCCGGAAUAAGUCCAUAUAAGAUUCCAAGAGUAUUACAAAAGGGGUACAGAAUUCCUAAACCUGAUUAUUUUAAGGAUGAGUUGUAUAAUAUCAUGCUGAAUUGUUGGGAAACGGAUCCUGAAAUAAGACCGUCAUUUGAGUUUUUAUGCUCCUCCAUCAGGGGAUUACAAAAGUCUAAUCAGGAGCUGAAACGAUUUCUGUGGUUGUUAGCAGGAUUCUGUUUUGGAUGUCCUCCAUCAUUCCGCCAAGCUAUAGUGGUACCGAAGGAGGAAGAACUCUACCAGGUGGAGUGCGAAGCUGACGGGUGGUUUAGCGAGGUCUGCACUGUCAUCAACACGAUAUUUGUCACAACAAUAAAACGACUCAAACAGAGCAUGAUCAUCACGUGGCACGUUGACGCAAGCUGCGUUGUCAGAUUGCGAGAUCACUUCCUAUUGUUGGAAAAAGUGCUUGGUUCAAAUAGAUAUAGGAGCUACGGUCGUGUUGAAGAGUUUGACAAUGGAGUCUGGGGAACAAUUUGCGAUGAUACCUGGGAUAUAAAUGAUGCAAGUGUGGCAUAUAAGAAGCUUGGCUUCACUGGAGCUUCCUCUGCUAGCACUAGUGCAGCACAUGGUCGGGGAUCGAGUCCUAUAAGGAGAGAUCACAUGAACUGCGUCGGAUGA